AUGCUGAAAGAAGACGAACUUCUGAAGAUGGAGGUGUUCGUGCUGAAGAAGUUGUCCAAUGGGAAACAUGUAUGCAAAUUAUUGGCUACAGGGAAGGGACCCUCUUUUUAUUAUGUCAUCAUGACACUCAUUGGUCCUUCUUUAAGUGCUCUUCGCAAAAUCAUGCCAGACCAGGUAAGACAGACUUUAAAAAUUUCAAAAUUUGAAAAGCAAUAACAAUUUGAAAAUUCUACAAAAAAUGUAAAAUUUAUUAAUCAGAUGACGUAACUUUAAAAAAAAUUCUUUGCCAUUUAAAAUUUGUUUCAGAAGUUUGACCUGCCCACCACCAUCAUUCUGUCGCUGGAAACCUUAAAUGGCAUAAAAGAAAUCCACGACGCCGGCUUCGUUCAUCGUGACAUAAAACCUUCAAACUUUGCUACGGGAAUCAAGAACAAGCGUCAUAUCUACAUUAUCGACUUUGGACUAGCUCGCCAAAUAAUUGUAAGUACAACACAAUACGGUUCUACAAAUUUUCUCUGGGGGAGGGGGGAGGCCGAAAAAAAUUUUUUUCGUUUACAGGUACAGCUACCUGUGGACCGAUUUUUUUGUUUUUUUUUGCGUACAGGUACCUCCUACCUGUGGAAUUUUUUUCGGAUCGGCUCCGGGAGAGGGGUACCCCCACCUCUCCCCCAAACGAAGUAAGCAUUUAGGACAAAGUAAAGUAAUAUAACGUCGAACUGAACACAAAAAUAUGAUUUUAAUUCCAGAUGACCGAAAAUGGGAAAACGAAACUCCGGGAGCCACGAAAGAACGUUCCCUUCAAAGGCACGGUACGCUACUGUUCUUUGAACGUUCACAGGAAGGAGGAAUGUGGGAGGCACGACGACCUGUGGUCAUGGCUGUACAUGUUGAUCGAGAUGUUGAACGGAUCCCUACCGUGGAAGAGCAUGGAGCGGACUCCAGCUGAGCGCUGCAAAGAGACUUCAGAGAAAAUGUUGACCACCAUGAUCCCCAAAGAAUUCUGGACAUUCUUCAAGUAUCUGAAGCGGCUAAACUACAACAAAGUCCCGGGUAAGUAAGACGAUGUAAUUAAAAGCAUAGUCUAACCAUUUUGUCUUAUAGUUAAUACUUUACCAUGCUUUUAGAUUACAGUCUAUUCAAGAGCACGCUACAAGAAACGGCCAAGAAGAAAGGCCUUAGUCUGGAGAAGCACCUCUUGCCUUCGGAAGUGAAAGGAAAGAUAGCUCAGUUAUUGACACCAGAAACCCAAAUGUAAGUGUAACACAUUGUAAAACAUCAAACCUACAAAGGAAAGCAGCAUUCUUCAUUAUUCUAAUCUAAAAGAUAACAAAUUUGAUGAUAAAUAACCGUUUUCACUUUCAGACAGAUCAAGCAGAAGACGGCAGACGAGGUGCGACAACAAGACCAGCCCACCCAGUCCGAAGCCGCCGCCAACCGCACCCAGUACGGCGUGGUGGACAUCAAGGAGAACGAGUACGACGAGAACGACAGCGAGCUGCCGUCCCGAGUGUCCGGAAAGUCGGAAACCGACGAUACCAUGGGUGGUUUGAACGAUAUAAAAUAA